UUGGUUGCUAAAUACAAAAGAGAAGAAGAAAAAGAAGCAGAGGAGGACCGGUGGAUUUUGUCUCUGAAACCAAACCCAUCAGUGUGUCUUCUUUGUGCUUCUCAUUAAAUAACAGCAACAAAAACAUGUCGACAUUUCUGCGCAGUUUUAAACACGUUUGAUUACGGCAAGCUGCGUGGCGGAGGGAGCGAUGAAGGCGUUGUUCGGUUCGAUGGUUCCGCGGCGAGUCUUCUGACAGCCUCACCAUCAUGAUCCCCGUGUCCCUGCUGGUGUGUGUGGUGGCUGGCUGGUGUGCUGUCUAUUUGGCUGACACACUGCUCAAGUCCUCCGUCACACACAGGAUCAGCUAUGAGUCAUGGCUCGCCAGUCGAGGGCUGAUGGUGUCUCCUUUCCACAUGAGAUGGCAGACCACGAUGUUCAACCGACUGUUUGCCUACUGUGCCCGCAUCAACCCCCGAGUCCUCUACAUGUGGUUCAACAGCGGUCUUGUGUUUGGUAUCGCAGCCAUGGUGGGAUCAGUGAUUCUGCUGAUAAAGACCCUGCAACAGACGUACGCUCAGAUGACCACAGACAACCCUCGGAUAGGCGGUCAGCAGGCUCUGCAGGUGGUGGUCCCAGGUGUCAAUCUGCCCACCAGUCAGCUGGCCUACUUCUUCYUUGCUCUGCUGCUCAGUGGAGUAAUACACGAGCUGGGCCACGCUGUGGCAGCAUUGAGGGAGCAAGUGCGAGUAAAUGGUUUUGGGAUCUUUGUGUUCGUGUUGUAUCCAGGUGCAUUUGUGGACCUUUUUACCACUCAUCUGAACCUUAUAUCACCCARGCAGCAGCUCCGCAUCUUCUGUGCAGGCGUGUGGCACAACUUUGUUCUGUGCGUGGCAGCACUGGCCAUCCUCUUCCUGUUGCCGGUCUUUCUGUUUCCCAUGUACACCACUGGAGUCGGGGCGCUGGUUACUGAGGUUGUUCAGGGUUCUGCAGCUGAUGGACCCAGGGGUCUGUCAGUCGGGGACAUUGUGAGAGGGCUGGAGGAUUGUCCUGUGAGGAGAGUUGAGGACUGGACCAACUGCCUGUCUCAWCUCUACCGCACACCACAGACAGGAUACUGUGUCCCAGCAGCCAGCCUACAGCCCAGCUGGGCUCAUGGGCGACCUUUCAAGCGCCUGGACGGAACGAUCGACUGCUGCCGCAAUAACAGCUUGACGGACCUCUGCUUCUCCUACAUUAAAUCACAGGGCAGGAACAACAGAGAAAGAGAGUACGCCUGUAUGCCCGUGCGCAAAAUGGUGACGGGCACGCGAGUGUGUCACACUGACGAUGACUGUUCCGAACACGCCGCCGCCGCCGCCAGCGUUUGUGUCACUCCCUCUCUGGAGAACCAGACACGGUUCAUUCGUGUCACACAUCCUCCCAACACACACAUGCUGUUUGUCGGGUAUCCACCCCACCUGCAGCAUGCAGUAAGUCUGACCAACUUUGUACCCCGCUUUGGUUUUCUCCACUUGGACCUGCCCGUAUUCUUGGAGACCUUUCUCAAAUAUGUGGUCUCCCUCUCUGGUGCAUUAGCAGUUGUCAACUCCGUGCCCUGCUUCGCUCUGGACGGUCAGUGGAUGCUGAACGCCUUGCUGGAGGCCACACUAGUGACCAUAGUAACAGAUCGUCAGAAACGCGAGCUGAUCGGUUUCUUCCUCUUGCUGGCGGGCAGCGCCCUGUUAGCAGCCAACGUGGCACUGGGCCUGUGGAUGGUCACGGCACGGUAGCAACRGCGGCGUUCUUACCCGUCAAGACGGAAGUGAACGGCAGCGACCUCUGUGCAGAGGAUGCGUGACAUCUCAGGYUGCUGUUACGCACGCGUGGACCAAUAAACUGUGAAACAUACAGGGAACAGACUGCAUCACCCAGCAGUGCUGCUACUUUCUGCGGACUUUUAAGCAGAAAUUCGCUCAUCCUUUAAAUAGUUUCUGGACCGACACUGAAAACUCUCUUCCACCUUGUUGCCACUGUCAAUACAGAAGCACAUACACAAAACCAGUAAUGCACAAGAUGGCUGUUCACAAAAACACGUUUGAGUAUUUUAAAAUUUGUGAAGCGUUCAUGUUUCGAGGUGAGGAAAACCUGCAUUUUAUGCUGCAGUUUGUUGUUGCCAUGAAACAGAAGUUUUGAGAAAAUUUGUGUAAUGAAGAUGAUGAAAUUUGUUCAAACAAACUUUUUUUAAACCAUAAUUUUUUUCUGAAUGUUUGAGGCAGUUUUCUGAUCUGCAUGACUUUUCACUGUUGGGAGAYUUGCACUAAAUCGACAUGAAUUACCUUGAUUUGCUGAAAGAACCUCUGUCCAUUUCAGCAAACUAAGAGGUGGGUGUUGUACAGAAUUACUGAGUCAAAUCAAGUGUCUUUAUCCUUUUCAGGCAUUACAACAGGAAAAUAACCUUUUGUGCUCACACUUUCCUGAAUUUUCUGAAAUCUUUGUGGUUACUUGACCUGCCACUGUCUUCUGCUGUCUGGUUAACAGGAAAUUUGUCAAAAUUGUGAAAUAAAAUGCCUUUUUUCCCCUC